AUGGCGUUAAUCGAGAGAGAUCCCGGCGGCCCAACACCUGAUUACGACGAAGAAGGUGAAGAUAGAGACCAAUUUCACAUCGAGCAGAUGAUUGAGGAGUUUGUCGAUGAACCUCCAAUCCGCCACGAUGUGUACCCAGAGAGUGAAGACGACGGUGACAAUGGUCCGGUAAGAGCUCGUACGAAUAUGAGGCGUGGUAAUGGGGAGUUGUUCUACAAGCAGGCGUUUUUCAAUGGGGUGGCUUUCAAGGAGGCGGUUCUCGAUUAUGUUCUCAAAACUGGGAGAAAUCUGAAGCAGUACAGGUAUGAUAAAGCGAAAAUAGGGUUUAAAUGUGUUGGUGUUAAUGAUGAGGAUGGAUCUAAAUGUGAGUGGAAGGUUUAUGCGUCAAUUCUGUCAAAUGAUAAGAUGUGGAGGAUCAAUAGGUUCAUCGAUAAGCAUAGCUGUAUUCCAAAUGGAGAGUGUGAGAUGUUAACAGUGCCGCAUAUAGCUAGGUUGUUUGUUGAUAAGAUUAGGGAUGAUCCUGAGUUCUUCAUGCCAAGGAAGAUUGAAGAAAUUGUAAAGGCAGAUUGGAAGAUCAGUAUCACUAGGCCUCAGUGUCAAGCUGCUAGGAAGACAGCUUUAAAGUGGAUUGAGAGGGAGUAUGAUGAGCAGUUCCAUAGAUUAAGAGAUUAUGCAGCUGAGAUUAUGGAAGCAAACCCGAAUUCACAUGUUGAGGUCGAAUGUAUUACGGAUGAUGAUGGUAAAGACAUGUUCAACAGGUUCUAUGUUUGUUUUGACAACAUAAGAAGAACAUGGAUGGCGACUUGUAGGCCGAUCAUAGGAAUUGAUGGUUGCUUUUUGAAGAAUAAGAUUAAGGGUCAGCUAUUGGUAGCUUUAGGCAGAGAUGCAAACAAUGGUAUAUAUCCAAUAGCAUGGGGAGUUGUCAAGGUUGAGAACUAUGAAAAUUGGUUAUGGUUUGCUAAGUUGUUGAAAGAA